AUGGAGUCAUCUCCACCAACAAAGCCGGCUCGCCGGUCUCUUCGACCAGUAGCUUUCGCUUCUGUUGCCUUGGCUACAGUAUCUGUUCUAUCCUGCGUGAUCACACUUCCUCUUGUGUACAACCAUGUGCAAUCUAUUCAAGCUUACAUGAACAGUGAAGUCGAGUUCUGCAAGACUCGCUCAAGAGAAAUGUGGAAAGAAAUGAUUAUGGUUCAAUCUGCUUCUGGAAUACCCAUCAAAACUAAGAGGGAAGCUGGCUAUGGAGCUCAACCACUAUCCGAUAAUCAACUCCCAUCCAACCAAGCUGGUUCAUGCUGUUCUUGCCAAGUUGGACCUCCAGGACCUCCAGGUCCUCCAGGAAGAGAUGGUCGCCCAGGAGCUCCAGGACGUCCAGGAAAUCCAGGACCACCAGGCCGUGACGGAACACUUUUACCUGGACCACCACCAAAACCACCUUGUCAAAAGUGCCCACCAGGACCACCAGGACCACCAGGACCACCAGGACCAAAGGGAUUACCAGGACCUCAAGGAGAGCCAGGAACACCAGGACAUGAUGGAGUUCCAGGAAUGUCAGGACCUCAAGGACCACCAGGACCCCAAGGACCACCAGGAGUACCAGGAGAGAAGGGACCUACUGGAGAACCCGGUAAAGUCAUCAAUGGAGCUCCACCAGGCCCUCCAGGACCACCAGGACCUCCAGGACCUCAAGGACCUCCUGGCCCACCAGGAAAAGAUGGACAACCCGGACGCUCAGGACCACCAGGACCUCCAGGAGAUGCUGGAGAGAAGGGAGCUGAUGGUCUUCCAGGACCUCAUGGAUCCCCUGGACCAAGAGGACCACCUGGACAGCCCGGAUCAUGCGAUCAUUGUCCUCCACCAAGAACAGGACCUGGAUAUACCAGACUUUAA